GUUUUAUCUGCUCCCAGAUGCAGCACCAAGUAUCUGGAAAGUUGGAUAUGGUGGUGACUGUGUCUCUGGAUGACAACCUGGUAGGACCCUAAAGGAGAGGUGGAGAGGGCUCAGAAACCCCCUUCUGCUAUUGCUACUGCCAGGACCUGGCCAUCUCAGGCCCUCCCCUCCCGCUGCCAUGAACCCUACCACCUUCUCGUUCCCUGUGCUUGUGGCCACUGUCCUGUGGAGAGUGGUCCCCAGCCGGGGACUCAUUCGAGCAAUCUCUGGGGACAGACUUAUCAUGGACUUUGUGGACCUCCCAGCUCUCUUUGGGGCUACCUUGAAUGAGAAUGGGCUUCAGGGGUUCCUCGUGGAGGCUCAUCCGGCCAAUGCCUGCAGCCCCAUUGCCCCUCCACCCAAAACCCGCAUCAACGGGUCCACCUUCAUUGCCCUGCUUCGCAGGUUUGACUGCAACUUCGACCUCAAGGUCCUCAAUGCACAGAAGGCCGGCUAUGGAGCAGCUGUAGUCCACAACGUGAACUCGAAUGAACUUCUGAGCAUGGUGUGGAACAGUGAGGAGAUCCAGCAGCAGAUCUCCAUCCCGUCUGUGUUUAUUGGGGAGAAGAGCUCCAAGUACCUACGUGCCUUCUUCCUCUACGAGAAGGGAGCUGAGGUGCUUCUAGUUCCAGACGAAAGCUUCCCCUUGGGCUAUUACCUCAUCCCUUUCACGGGGAUCGUAGUCCUGAUGGUUUUGGCCUUUGGAGUCUUCACGAUGGUCGUUAAUUGCAUCCAGCAUCGGAACCAGGUCCGGAGGCAUCGCCUAACAAAAGAACAGUUGGAGCAGAUCCCAAUACACAAUUAUCGGAAGGGAGACCAGUAUGAAAUCUGUGCCAUCUGCCUGGAGGAGUAUGAGGAAGGGGACAAGCUGAGGGUCCUUCCCUGCACUCAUGCCUAUCACAGCCGCUGUGUGGACCCCUGGCUCAUUCAGACCAGGAAGACCUGUCCCAUCUGCAAGCAGCCUGUCCUUCGGGGACACAGGGAUGAGGAGGAGGAGGAGGAAGUAGAGGAAGAGGAGGAAGGACCCGAGGAGCAAGAGAGUGAUGAACAACGACGGCGGCCAAGAAUCCACUCAGCUUCAGAAAGGACCCCACUUCUGCAUUCUGGCACCGCACUCCCCACAUCUUUCGGAUCCCUAGCUCCAGCCCCACCUGUGUUUUCUGCACCUUCAACAGAGGAUCCACCUUCUCCUCCUCCUCCUUCUUGGCCGAAUACUCUCAUUCCCUCUGUCUCACCCUCUCCCCAUGUCUAAUGACUUAUUUGCUCAGUCUUCCUCCCACCUUCUAUUUUGAGAGAUGUGAUAUAUUCACCUCACUUUCUCUUUUACCAUUCUUUUUGAGGAAGUUGAAGAAUUCAAGGGGUCCCAGUCUUCACUCAUCCUAACGUAUUUUUUUUUUGUGUGUGUGUGUGGUAAACACAAAAAUUUCAUGUGACAGCCAUAGGUAAAAGUUGUCUGAGGUAUUUCAAAAGAGCAGUCCCUCUAUCUUUAAUUUGUAUCAAAGUGACAACAGAAAUCACUAGGAAUAUUAUUUCAAGUCACUCAUUGAGUGUCUUCAGUUUCAUUCAGGAUAUUCACAUUUUACAUUUGGUUUCAUGAUACAGUUUGUUUUUUUUUUAAAUCUGUAAAAAUCUCUGCGUUUAACUGAUUUAUUUUAUCAGGGUGAAUACGAAUCAGUAAGUUCCACUUAUCUAAAUGUUUAAUUGUCAUUAGUUGAUGCUUACAAACUGCAAAACUUUUACAUUGUUGACAAGGUUAUGGCGAACACUAGUUUGGCUGUAGGUCACUUGUCUUCUUUUUCUGUGUUAAACGACUGUGUACACAAAACCAGUUUAAUUGCUGUGUAGUCAUUUCACUUUUGAUAUGGCUAAUUGGGUCAACUUUUAAGAGCAUGCCUUAUUAGCUUUGUCUUUUCAUCUCUUAGAAU